AAGGCGUAUGAGGUGCAGAAUAGUAUCAUAACCGAACUGAGUGUACAGAGACUCUUCAGUGUUCUCGAGUUCUGUCAUCAUGGAUUGGCAUUUGUGUCUGCUUCUUUCUUUGCUUGUGGUAUUUGCUACUGAAGCCACUACCACAAAGCACAUGAAUGACUUCAUCAGAGCUGUGGAGAGCAUUGAAGCUGUGAAUCCAGGUCUUCAGAUGCUCGAUGUGGUGAAAGGUCUACGUAAGGCUGCUGGCUUUGAAACCGACCUCAUCAAGCGAUACCUAGGUGACCUCAGUGAUGCACAUGACCUUGUGUCAGGUCCAUCAGUCACUUCUUAUGUAAGCGAGGUCAUUAAUCACAGCCUUUCAGAGUUGGGUAAGGAGAAAGGUGUGGUUCUCACGUUAGAUGGUUCAAAUGUGGCAUUGGCCCCAAUGCUCCUUGGACUUGAGGCUGGGCUGCAGUCCACCGUCCAAGGCCUUUAUCCUUUAUCCUUGACCCACAACCUGGUCGCUUCAUUUCUACAUCACGUCCUCAAUGAACAAACCACUCUUCCUUUUGGCACUAAAGGGUUCUGGGAUAGCAUUUCAUCCCCAAAUGUCUACAGUCUCUCUGAUUUGCCCUCCUUGGCCACUGAUGCCCUAAUAAUCGGAGGUAUAGACGGGUUCAUUCUCGGGUCAGAAGUUUCCACGUCUAAUGAUCAUGAGCGAUCACUGAGUGACCUGCUGAAGAGUUACUACAGUCACCAGCCUGACGCCGCAGGGUUCAACGCAUCGUCCCAUCUGAUCAGUCAGAAACGAAGGAUGAACUUCAAAAGGCUUGUCAGCUUCUCUUCGCUGAAAAGCCAGAUGGUCCAGGCUCUAACAGUUCACCGCAACUUAAACGAGUCUGAGAGGAAGAGACUGGAUGAUAUAAUGAACGAAGGCUUUGACCAGUUUGUCCAUGUAUAUGCAGUCUGUCCAAACAUCAUCACAAGGUCUCAAUGGGGAGCUGCAGCUUUCAUUGGUUCUCCCUCCAAUCUGUCUCUCCCUGUGCCGUAUCUUUUCAUCCACCACACAUAUCAACCCUCCAAGCCUUGCACCACCUUCGAUCAAUGUGCCAGUGACAUGCGCUCCAUGCAGCGCUACCACCAGCAAACCAAUGGAUGGUCUGACAUUGGAUACAGUUUUGUUGCAGGUUCUGAUGGAAACCUGUAUGAAGGCCGAGGCUGGAAUUGGGUUGGUGCCCACACUUACGGGUACAACUCCAAAGGCUAUGGUGUCAGCUUUAUUGGAGAUUAUACCUCCACCCUCCCCAUCAAGAGUGCGAUGGACAUGGUGAGGUAUGACUUCACAAGCUGCGCUGUGAACGGUGGUCGAUUGUCUUCAUCUUACUCCUUAUACGGACACAGGCAAGCUACUUCCACUGACUGCCCAGGAAACUCCUUCUACCGUGAAAUCCAGACAUGGGAGCAUUACCAGAGUUAUUUGCCUUGAGGAUUGUGGAAUCAACAAUGAAUGCAAUCACCUAAUUGUGUCUCUGAAAAUCAGUACAUGUAUUACAUGUAUCGGUCAUAAAAAAAUGCAUAAUAAAUUCCUUUUGAAAAUCA